GUCUUUCUUCAUCAUGUUCACAAAGGCUGUCGUUGCCCUCGCCCUCGUGGCCGUUGCUGCCUCUGCUCCGUCUCAACCAGCUUACGGCUACGCUCCUCAGCCUACCUACGAGGCUCCUGCCAAAUACGACUUCAACUAUGCCGUGAAGGACGACUACUCCGGAAACGACUUCGGUCACCAGGAGGCCCGUGAUGGCUACGACACUCAGGGUUCCUACUACGUCCUCCUUCCCGACGGUCGUCUGCAGAAGGUCGCCUACACUGUCAACGGCGACUCCGGUUACGUGGCUGAGGUCAGCUACGAGGGUGAGGCUCAGUACCCCGAAUACAAGCCUGCUCCUGCCUACAAGCCUGCCCCUGCCUACAAGCCCGCACCCACUUACCAUGCUGCACCUGCCUACAAGCCCGCACCCACUUACCAUGCUGCACCUGCCUACAAGCCAGCUCCUUACCAGCCUGCACCUACCUAUGAGCCUGCUCCUACCUACGAGACCACCCCAGCCUACGCCUAAAUAAACUUCGAUUGAAUAUA